CUUGUACCCGCAAGUUCUGGUGACACUUUCGCAGUUGUCUCAGAAGACAGUAACAUUAAUGUUUUAAGUGGAAGUGGGACGUGCAGUGGAAGGAAUAGUGGAGAACAACUUGGGAGUUCUGGAGUACCAGUGACACAGGCUGUCCAAUCCAGAAGAUCUCCUGAGUUGCCUUGUGAUAAAGAUGGCUACAAAAAUGUCGGUCUUGUAUCGUCCAGCUUCAUUAGAGCCUCCCAAGCUGAAGGAACCUGUGAGCUUACUUGUGAUGAAAAUUGCUACAGCAAUGUUGUACAUGUACCAUCUAGCUCUUUGAACUUUAACAUGGCAAAUGGCAUUCUGCGAAGCAAUGGGCGUGAAGAAGAUUGUGAAUUUACUCCAAGGGACAGUGAAAUUGAAGAUGUGAAACCCCUGGUUUGUCUUGCACUGGAACAUUCAAAUCUUGAACCCAAUUGUGGCAAUCCACCCCACGGGAAUGAAAAAGGCAUUCAAACUGAAUUGACAGAUAUGCAGAAUGAAGGCUUUUAUGCCUCAGAAUCUGUUUCUGAGUCCAGCAAUGCA